AUGAAAUACCAUCUUGUGAUAAAGCAUCUUAUCCUACUUUUUUGUAUAUUCUUCAAUUCAUUCUUGUCACUCAAAUUUAAAAUAAACUACAAAAAUAAUUUUCAUACAACUUUAUAUUUUAAAAAAAAUAAUUGCAAUGUUUUAAAAUUUUGUUUUAUUUUGCCUGAACAAGUCAGGAAAAAAUAUAAAAGUUGUUUUAUUUCAAAAUUUACAGAUAAAGACAAAAUAAAAAGUAAAAAAGUAAUAAAUAAAAAUAAUAUAGAAAAUAACAAUGAUAAUAUAAAAGAGGAUAUAACACCAAAUGUUAUGUGUGAUAUAGUAAAUGAUCAUAUUUUUACAAAAAAUUCUUUUAUAAAAAAAUGGAAUAACAAAUUGUAUAUUUUAAUUACAUCACCUGAGGCAGCUAGGAUUUAUAGAUAUGUUGUUAUAUUACUUAUAUAUAAUAUGAAAAAUAAAAAUUUAAAAUGUAAAAAUGGUCAUGAAAAAAAAAUAAAUUAUAUUAAAAAAUAUAUACAAGAUAUACCUAUCCUUUCGAUUGGAUACUCAUGUAAUAAUAUUUUGAAAAAUAAAUUUAAUAAAUCAAUGUUUUAUAAUAUAUCGAACAAAAAUAUGUCUAUUAAUAAAAGACAAAUAUUUAAAAUUAAAAAAGAAGAAUUUUUACAAAUUAAUCGUGAUAUAGGUACUCAUCUUAAUAUUGUUUUUACACCCACUAAAGCAAAUGCGACGAUAUUUAAAAAAGAAUUAAGAGAUUUUUUAUUUUCUGAAAAAAAUGAGGAAACAAAUACAAAGGUUCAUAAAAGAAAGGUCAAAAAAAAAAAUAUAAAUGUAAAUAUAAAUGUAAAUAUAAACCAAGAUAAAGAUAUAAAUAAACAACAUGUAAAUAAAAAUAUUCUAUGGAUUUCUUCAUCCAUCAGUACAUCAUCAUUUAAUGAUCUACAUAUUUAUUCUCAAAAUGAUAACCAUAUAUAUAAUCAUAUUAAUAUAAAAAGAAUAAAUUGUUACGAUACAAAAAAAGUUACCUAUAAUAAAAAUGACAGAACAAAUAAAAUUCAUAUAAAAAAAAAUUCUAUCAUAUGUCUUAUGAGUAGUAGUACCGUUUUAUCAUUUUAUGAAAAUUUUGGAAACAACUUUUCUUAUGUUGUAUGUAUGGGCAAGAACUCUUAUGAACUCUUAAAAAAAUUAAAUUUUAAAAAUAUUUUUUUUCCAGAAAAUUCAAAAACAGAAACAUUACUUAAAAUUUUAAUAACUCUCUAUCAUAAAUUGAAUAAUAAAUAUAAACACAAAUAUCAUAUUAUUCUUACAAGGCAAAAAGACAAAAAUGAAGAAAUAAAAAAAAUCUUGUCACAAAGAAAUAUACCCUUCCAAGAAAUACCAUGUAUACAAACAAAAUAUAACUAUGAUAACAUAUAUAAAUUGUAUGAGGAAUUACAAGAUUAUAUUGAUAACACAAAUACAUAA